CUCUCUGCGACCCACUUGGGCACCCAAGGAGACCUCGGGUCGGGUGGGGUGUCCCUGGGAGAAGAUACGGGACUCAGGGUGUGAGCUGCAAACAGGGAGCCCCGGGCCGCUGCCGCCCGGGCGCAGCCAGCUGCAGGCAGGAAGGGGAGGGCCCUGCCGGGCGCAGGGGAGCUCCCGCGGGUCGGGGCUGGGUCGGAAAAGCUGCCUCACAGGCGCGCCCGCCAGCCCCUCCGCGCCCUCGCUCCCUCCCAGCGCUCCCCGGCUCGGGCCUCCCUUCCAGGCUCCGCCGCGCCCGCCCGGAGGCAGCGCUCGCACCGGCCUCGCCAUGUCCCAGCCGGGCCCGAAGCCCGCCGCCUCCCCGCGGCCCCGGCGCGCUGACCGCCACACCCAGGAGCAUGUCAGUGGAAGAACCAGUAGAUCGCCUUCCAAGUCAGGAGAAAAGAAAGGAUCAGAUGAGAAAAAAGCAACAAGCCUUGGGAGCAGUCAGCUCUCCAGAACUCAGGCUGGUGAAAAAGCCCCGGUCACCAAGGUGACUACUUCCUCUGCUUCAGCCAGCAAGUCUUCCAGUAUGAAUCCCACAGAGGCCAAGGCUAUUCCAGGCAGCAAACAGCUGGAAGGACCGCAUUCUCCUAACAAGAAAAGACACAAAAGACAGGCUAUAAAAACAGAACCUGAGAAGAAGCCACAAUCAUCUAAGCCGUCUGUGGUUCAUGAGAAAAAAACCCAAGAAGUAAAGCCAAAGGAACACACAGAGCCAAAAAGCCAACCCAAGCACCCCUCAGAUACAAGAAGCAAGCAUGCUCCUAAGGAAAAAGCUGUUUCCAAAUCAAGCGAGCAGCCACCAUCAGAGAAAUCAACAAAACCAAAGACCAAGUCACAGGACGAGAUUUCCGGUGGUGGAAAGAGCGCUGUUCCUGCUGUUGCCACUGCAGCAUCUGCCGAACCAGCUGACAAGAAUAAAGAAAGUAAAUUGUUAACGUCGGCCGUACCAGUGGAAUCCAAGCCAAGUAAACCUUCUGCAAAGUCAGACAUGGAUACUGCUCUGGAUGACUUAAUAGACACUUUAGGAGAACCUGAAGAGACGAAAGAAGAUACCACAACAUAUACGGGACCGGAAGUUUCGGAUCCAAUGAGUUCUACCUACAUAGAGGAACUGGGUAAAAGAGAAGUCACACUUCCUCCAAAAUAUAGGGAACUUUUGAAUAAAGAAGAAGGGAUCGCAGGGCCUCCUCCAGACUCCUCGAAACCCCUGGGGCCCAAUGACGCCAUCGAUGCCUUGUCAUCAGACUUCACCUGCAGUUCCCCUACAGCUGAUGCAAAGAAAACUGAGAAAGAGAAAUCUACAGAAGAGGCUUUAAAAGCUCAGUCAGCUGGGGUGAUCAGAAGUGCUGCUCCACCCAAAGAGAAAAGAAGAAAAGUGGAAGAGGAUACCAUGACUGAGCAAGCCCUGGAGGCCCUGUCUGCCUCCCUGGGCACCCGGAAGCCGGAGCCAGAGCUCGACCUCAGCUCCAUUAAGGAGGUCGAUGAGGCAAAAGCCAGAGAAGAGAAAGUAAAGAAAUGUGGUGAAGAUGAGGAAACAGUCCCAUCGGAGUAUAGAUUAAAGCCGGCCACAGAUAAAGAUGGAAAACCACUCUUGCCAGAGGCUGAAGAAAAACCCAAGCCCCUGAGUGAAUCAGAACUCAUCGAUGAACUCUCAGAAGAUUUUGACCAGUCUAAGUGUAAAGAAAAACAAUCUAAGCCAACUGAAAAAACAGAGGCACCCCCGGCCGCUGCCCCCGUGCCCGUGGCAGAGGACGUGCCUCGGACCUUCAUGUGUUCUGUGCAGUCGGCUCCACCCACAGCAGCUCCAGCGAAGGGCAUGGUGCCAGACGAUGCUGUCGAAGCCUUGGCUGGAAGCCUGGGCAAAAAGGAAGCAGAUCCAGAAGACGGAAAGCCUGUGGAGGAUAAAGUCAAGGAGAAAGCCAAAGAAGAGGAUCGUGAGAAACUUGGUGAAAGAGAAGAAACGAUUCCUCCUGAUUACAGAUUAGAAGAGGCCAAGGAUAAAGACGGAAAACCACUGCCGCCAAAAGAGGUCAAGGAACCGCUCCCACCCUUGAGUGAAGACUUCCUCCUCGAUGCUCUGUCCAAGGACUUCACUGUCCCCUCAGACACGUCAUCGCCUCAAUUUGAAGAUGCUAAACUUUCAGCUGUCAUCUCUGAAGUGGUUUCCCAAACCCCAGCUCCAACCACCCAGGCAGCUGGUCCACCCCGCGACUCUGCGCAGCGUGACAACAAAGAACUUGACGAUGCCCUGGAUCAACUUUCUGACAGUCUCGGGCAAAGACAGCCUGAUCCAGAUGAGAAUAAACCUGUAGAGGAUAAAGUCAAGGAAAAAGCCAAAGCUGAACACAGAGACAAGCUGGGAGAAAGAGAUGACACCAUCCCACCUAAAUACCAGCAUCUUCUGGAUGAUAACAAGGAGGGCACACCCGGGAAGCCAAAGGCAUCAGAGAAGCCCGAGGCAUCAGAGAAACCUGCAGGUGCCCAGGACCCCAUUGACGCCCUCUCAGGGGACUUGGACAGCUGUCCCUCAACUACAGAAGCCUCAACAAACACAGCAAAGGACAAAGACAAGAAGCCUGCUCCCAGUGACAAAGCACCCAGGAAUGGCGGGAAAGCAAAGGAUUCCACAAAGGCAAAGGAGGAGACUUCCAAGCCAAAAGCUGAUGGAAAAAGUACAAGUUAAAAUUCACACUAUUUGGUGUCUGCAUAUAAAAUCUGCAGCAGGUAGAUGGUGACGUCUGAAGAACAAAAGGCUUUGACAACAGAAACAAUUUCUGGGUGGCUUCUAGACAGUGGUAUUUGUUGAGUCUUUUGACAUCCUAAACAUUGUCUGUUAUUCUUUUCCUGAAAAGAAACUGAAUUUGUCUGGUUCACCUGUGUUAUUCUACUGAGUAUUGAUAAACUUUAAAUUUUUAAAAAUUGUCUUCAGUUGGGAGAGAAAGGAACUUUAUAUUUCUAAGAGAUAUAUUUGAUAGUUUCUUAAAGCAGCACACAUAAAAGGGAAACCCUUUGCAAACUUUUGCACAUUCUCCCCACAGUGCCUGUAAAUCCCAUUAGUAUUUUCAAUUUGCACUUAAUUAUUUUUGUUGUUAGCAUUUGGAAAACGAUGCCUCGCGUGUUCUUCAGUGUUCUGAUUUCUCAUGACCCCUUUCCUCUUGGACUUUUGAACUGUAUUUGAUGUUUCUUUGGGUUGUUGUUUAUAAGUCAGUCAUAAAAUACUGUGCGUUGUGCACAUCUCCUCUUGAGCUGCUAAUCAUAGAGACCCUGGACAGACCAGGAAGCGUCACACCCCACCCCCCCCUUUCAGGUUGAACUUCUCUUUGUCAGAGGUUAGGACUUCCCGCACCUUGUCUGCAGAGACCCACCGGGACGUGACUCAAGUCAGAAGAGCAAAAUGCAGACUAUGUCACUGCAUAGCAAGUUUCAAGAAUAACAAAACCUAAUGCUUAGAAUACUCACGUGGCUUGAUCUCUGCCGCAGUGCUGCCUUAAGCUGGGCUUGCCCUCCUCUCUCUGUGAAAGCUGAACAGCAGCUGUUAGCCUAGAGCCCCUGCCACACCAGUCUCGCACUGUACAGCAUGUGGCUUAAUGGAAGUGGGUGUAUUACCAAAUACAGAAACAAACUUCUGCUUAAAAAUAAAGAAAAAAGAUCUUUUUAACGUUAAAAAAAAAUCUGUUUUUUUCCCCCAUAGCCAUUUAAGAACUAGGGAGGGUCUGAUAUCCCACAACUUGGAAUGGUUUCUCAUAUUUUUCCGAAUGGUUGAUGAACGUAGCACUGAUGAAAUUAAAUGAUCAAAAUCCCAUCUUCAUUUUCUGAGAGUGAACGUAGGAAAAGAUAUCAGGUACACAUCAUAAAACUGAUAUGGAAUUCCUGGUUUCAGAGGGUACAGCCUCCCUUCACAUCUGUUUAAACUAUUUCUUAGGACUUGGCAAUUUCACUAAAAAUAAGUAGUAUCACUGAUACUGUCUAAUGGGGUAGGAGGCAAGCAAAAUAACAAUACUGCUUAUCAUGGGUAUCCAAUUCUAUUAAUACUGUCUAACAUUUUUCUUUAAAAAUCAUGCAUAUGCCUGAGAUUGCAAACUUCAUCCACUUCAAAUGCUCUGUCUUCAUCUCAUGAGAGAUAAAGGCAUUAUUAGUUUAAAUCUGGGAAAUAUAAGCCAGGAUUACGGUAACUUAAACAGACCUUUUCAAGGCACUAACAAGAAAAUAAACACUUUUCCUGAGGGAUUUAACUAUGUGUCUAUAGGUAGUACAAAGUUGUUUUGUUUUUAAAAAAAAAAGUGAAACCUUUGACAUUGAUAGAUGUGUUUGCAAAGCUAUGACUCCAGUAUUACUAAUUUACAUGCAUAUAUAAAGUUUUUUAAAUUACAUACCAAAUCUGGAGAUUUAAGAAAUGCCUGUAAAAGAAAACAUUUAUUUAAGGUUCUCUGAAUAUGCCUUUUGUUUAUUCAAAAUGUCUUUAAGACUUGGGUGUCUGCUGGUAAUUAAUGAUGAACUGAGUAAGCUACAGGAUCUAAAUCAGUCCUUUUUACCCAUCUAAUUUGCAGUAAAUAAUUGCAAAGCUUUGCUUAGAGGUAAAUAACAUUUUUUAUUACCAAAAAGGGUUUUGCACACUGUUGUGUGAUGCGUGUCUCUUUAGAAAAUGGACUUCUCCAAAAGCAAAUGAAAAUAGGUGCCUCAGGUGACCAAAACCGAAAACCACUAUUUCCAUGUUUCAUUACUCAAGAUACAAGAUGCAAUUAAAGCAAAGUAUUUUACAGUAAAA